AUGUCGGAAGAUAUUGAAGUAACACAUGAGGACCAACAAAGGAUAAACAGCUUUGCAACGUGGAACUUAAAAUUUAAAGAUUUUACAUCAGAUUACGACCAGAAAAAAAAGGAGCUGGCAAAUCUUAAUGAUGCUGAGGACGAAUUAGUUGUUGCCGAAGAGAGCUUACACCCGUAUCCUCUUAACGUCCGUUAUAUUUUUGAUUUUAUCCCUGUAUGUACAUAA